AUGGCGACUAAUCCUUCGACCAGCCCACCUCUGUCGUCACCUUCUUCUUCCAGCUCGUCUCCUCUGUCGACAUCGUCAACAUCGGUGUCGUCCAACAGCGGUAUCAGCAACAAUACUAGUUGUGGUAGUGGUGACAAUACGGCGACACACAAUUCACCCCAAAUGUCAUCGUCAUCUUCUUCACACUAUCAAAUCAAUACCACCACCACGAUACUAUCAUCAUCGCCACCAAUCCAAUUUUUCAACCCCAACGGUAGCAUCAUCACUACCCCACCAAAAAAUAGCGGAUCACCAACACCCACAUUAUCAUCAUCGAAAAUGACCAAAUCAAAGCAGCAACAACAACAACAACAACAACAACAAAAAAAAGAUGUUUUGGAGGCAUUAUCCAUAUCAACAUUAUAUGUCACCAAUUUAGAUACUGCUAUGAAUAUAAAUCAAAUUCUUUCAGCUUUUAGUGUAUUUGGUCCAUUAGUUUAUACAGAUUGCGUUUUCAUCAACAAUUAUGUUUUUAUUAGAUUCAUUAAUAGAGCUGAUGCCGAAAAGGCAAUGGCAAAGUUGAAUGGUGUCUAUCUUGGAAGUAAUCAAAUUCAUAUAAAAUGGGGUGAUUCUUAUGAUCAAAGAACUAGUAUACAUAUAACUUUUGAUCCUCAAAGUGCAUGUGUUGAUUUUCAUAAAUAUAUAUUUUUACAAUGUAGAGAAUUUGGAAAGAUUAAUCAUUGUAAUAUACCAAAGAGUGAAAAUGGAAAUUAUGAAGGUUUUGGUUUUGUUCAUUUUAAAGAUUCAGACAAUGGAUUGAUGGCUGCCAACAAGGCUAUUGAAUUCUUUUCAAAAAAUACAGUUCAAGGUACUGUUUUACAUUGUUCCUACUCUAAAAAGAAAUUGGCAAGCAUUAGUCAGACGACUGGACACAAGACAAAGAGACCACAAGUAUUUUCGCCCACCUUUAAUGCUGCUGCCAUGCCAUCCAUGGUUAACAGCAACGGUACCAUCGCCACCUCUUCACUCAAACUUAGUGAUCCUCAAAUACUCAAUGAUCUCUUUUCGAGUGCACCAAUUCCAAUCGUCAAUACCACUACCUCUUCUUCCAACAACAACAACGCAAUCAACAAUCUAUCAAGAUCCCUUCAAAAUUUGGCCAUGCCAAGUGAUCGUUCACCACCUCCCCCACCUCACAACUACGUUCAACAACACCAAUCACAACCAUUCCAAUUACAAAAUAAUAAUUUAAAUAACAGUGGAAACGGAAUUGGUUCAUCGUGGAACCAAUUUUCCCAACAAUCAAUCCAAUAUCAACCAACAUUUUCCUCAUACGAACACAACAAACAAAGUUUUCCUUCACCACCAACAUUAUCAACAAAACAACAAAAUAUGUUAAUCAACAAUAAUAAUAAUAAUAAUAGUGGUGUUAAUAUUAAUAAUAUUGGGGAACAAUCAAACUUUCAAAAUGGUGGUCAAUUUUCAUUUCAACCAAAUAGUUUAUCACCUAUUUCGACGCCAAACAACAACCAAAAUAGCAGUAAUUUUGGUACUCCAUCGUAUCAUCAUCAUCAUCACCAUCUUCAUCACCAUUCAAAUACUUCAUCAUCUUAUUUAUUACCAGCAAGCAUUAGCAAUGGUUUUUCAAACAACAACAACAACCCUUCACCCAUACCCUCAUCUGUAAACAGCAGUUCUCGAAUGAUCGAUACCAUCCAAUCUCCACCACCGAUUGCUUCUGUCAUGUCUCAGAAGACUUCUGCCACUGCCGACGGUGGGAUGCACGGUGGAGGCCCAAACGGGGAAGACGCAGGAGGCUGGAUUAAUAGUCCCUCCAUCGAUCUAGACCAUCUCGACCAUCAAAUCAAAAAAUUAAACGAUCUUAAAAAAGUUUUGGAAGACUAUAAACACUCAAAUAACAAUAACAAUAAUAGUGGUAAUAAUAAUAAUAAUAAUGGUCAACUAUCACAACAACAACAAAAUAUCCAUCACCAUAUUCUUUACGGAAGUGGUUCAAGUCCUACAUCUCCUCCUCCACAACAUCAACCUCAUCCACCACGUUUGGAAGAACUUUUCAAAUCUGGAGUUAAUGGUAAUGGUUUUGGUGGCGGUGGAUCUUGUACACAACAAAAUUCUUCUUAUCUUCAACAAUCACCUAUACUUUCACCACCAACUGCACCUGCGACAACUCAACAACAACAUUUUUUGCAAUCCAAUCAUCAUCAUCAUCAUCAACAUCAUCAACAUCAACAACAUCAACAACAACAACAACUUUUUAGACAUGGUGCAUACACAUCACCAAAAUCUAAAAGUCAUUCAUCUAUUGAUUAUAUAAGUAAUAUCAAUGGUGAUCAUAUUCCUUUUAAUUUUAUAAAUAGUAAUGGAAAUGGAAAUGGUAAUAGUAAUAUGAUGAUGAUGUCAUCUAUAUCAACAACACCAUCACCAUUACAAUCGCCGCCACCAACACCACCACCACCACAACAACUACCUCAAUAUGAAUAUCAACAACCUCAAAUCAAGAGGAUGACCUACAAGCCACAACAACCACCACAACCACUUCAACUCCAACAAAUAUCUACAAGCGCCAACCAAAAUCAUAAUAAUACAAAAAUAAGAAUUAAUAUGACCAACAACAACAAUAAUUAUAACAAGAGCAAAUAA